GGUACCUUCAAGGCUUCAACGUUUCGCAUCAGCAGCGUAAGCAUCGCUCCUUCAGCUUCAAUUUUGAUUUUUGUUUCAGAAUUUCUACAAUUUCUGUUCAAAUCAAGUUGUACCUGAUAUUUUGUUCAAGAUGUCGAUGUCUAAAUCCACAAAUACCUACAACAGACAAAAUUGGGAAGAUUCGGAUUUUCCCAUCUUGUGCCAAACGUGUCUGGGUGACAACCCUUACAUUCGCAUGACUCGAGACCGGUAUGGAAAAGAAUGCAAAAUCUGCACUCGACCUUUCACUGUUUUUCGCUGGUGUCCUGGAGCCAGGAUGAGAUUCAAGAAAACAGAAGUGUGUCAGACAUGUUCAAAGUUGAAGAAUGUGUGUCAAACAUGUUUGCUGGAUCUCGAGUAUGGAUUACCUACACAAGUACGAGAUGAGGCUCUGAGCUUGCAAGAUGACCUACCUAAAAGUGACGUCAACAAGGAGUAUUACAUCCAGAACAUGGAGCGCCAAAUGGCCACUACCUCAGAUGGCUCGACUGCUGCAGGUGCACUGGGCAAAGCCAAGGCUCCCUCCGAGAUGCUCAUGAGACUUGCAAGAACUACGCCAUAUUACAAGAGGAAUCGCCCACACAUAUGCUCCUUCUGGGUCAAGGGAGAGUGCAAGCGUGGUGAAGAAUGUCCAUAUCGGCAUGAGAAGCCCACAGAUCCUGAUGAUCCACUUGCUGAUCAAAACAUCAAGGAUCGUUACUACGGGGUUAAUGAUCCCGUGGCAGAUAAGCUCCUUAAGAGAGCAGAGGCAAUGCCACAGCUUGAUCCUCCUGAAGAUAAAAGCAUCACAACUCUGUAUGUUGGCAACCUGGGGGAUCGAAUUGGGGAGAAGGAGCUUAGAGACCAUUUCUACCAGUUCGGCGAAAUCAGAAGUGUAAUCGUUGCCUCUAAGCAGCAGUUUGCCUUUGUGAUGUUCACUACUCGCUCUGCAGCUGAACUGGCCGCUGAACGCUCAUACAACAAACUGAUCUUGCAAGGACGACGUUUAAACAUUAAAUGGGGGAAGGCUCAGGCAAGGCAGGGCAAUACACCCGUGGAGGGGCCAGAGUUCAGAGAGGCCUUGCAGCCUGUGCCUGGCCUCCCCUCUUUGCCUCCACCUCCUGAAACUUUGCAGAACAACUUCUUCAAUCUUGGGCCGACGGAUCUGAACAUCCCACUGCCUCCCGGCACUGGGCCAGCAGGGUCAGCUGCAACCAAAGGCACCAAGUCCGAUGGCAAGACUUCGUCAGGGACUGAACCAGUUAGAGGUCCUCCUUUGCCAUCACAAACGCCUAUGGGAUCGCCUCCCGCUCGCGGGAUGUCUCUUCCUCCUGGGGUCAUGCCGCCUCCCCACCUUAGUCUCUCCGUGCCACCUCGCCUUCCCCAGAAUGUUCCUCAUCGACCCUCAGGACACUUGCCGCCUCUUCAGCCACCACCUUUCUUUCCUGUACACUUGCGGGGUCAGCUGAGGCCGGGGAUGCGACCUGCAUUUUAUCCUCAGCCUCCCCCAAUACCUGGUGUGGGCCCUCCUCCGAUGGGGGGAAUGAUACAUUACCCGUCACAAGACCCCACACAAAUGGGAGCUAUUCCCACUACAGCUCCUCCACUUCCCGGUGUACCUCCAUCUUAGUUUUUUUGGCUCCUUUGCUCUUCAAUUGAGCUUUUUGAUUCGCUGUUCAACUAUAAUGGUAGGAAUAGUGUUGAAAAAUGUGAAAAAUUUAAUCUUAUUAAGACAACUGAGUAUUUUCAGAUUCACUUCAUACUGUUGUAUGAUCGCUUAUGAAAACAAAACCCUGAAUAGGGAGAAGUUUAAUUUGUGUUUACUACGAGAUGGUUGUCUGUGUAACAAUAACAAUAUUUUUUGUUGAGAACCCUAACAUACUACCCCUACUCUGUAAAUAUACUAUCAUAUUGAAUUAUAUAAGUUUAAAUCAUAGCCAGUUUUUCAUUACAUUUG